AUGACAGAACAGGAACCAUUCGUGACUAGGAAUCGCGAUAACAAGACCGAUGAUGACACUCCGCGGCGAGCGAUGAUAGUCGAAGUCAUCAUCUCCACCAUCAUCUGUGCUGGAAAGUCACCAAGACAGAAUAUCAGCGGUUGUGAAAAUCAAUCAAACCGUGAUGCAAUGGAGUCUCUGAAGUUUCGGGCCAUCAACCUCGAGUUGGCCUGCGAGGAACAACAUCUUGUUUUGUUCGGAAAUUUGUGA